AUGCCUACGUUACCCAAGUGCGUUACUCUGGUGCUGCUGGCGUGCUUCGCGCGUGGCUUCAAGGGUUGUACGAAGGCAACGAUAACAACAGGUCGCGCUUCUUUGCGAAGCUUGUUCGCUGUGCGUGUGAUCUCCAGCAUCACUUCAAAAUCGCGCGAGUCUUCUCGGAUAUACGCCUGGAAUAAAGCUGCCGUAGAGAGGCGACCGAAGGUAAAGGUGGCCACCAAGACAGCUCGGAGAGAUGAGGAGGAAGGGGUUGCUGGUGAUUUGAAGUCCAGCCUGAAAACGACGCUGCACAAAGCUGGGAAGAAGAGGGAUUGGAGGGUAGCACUGCAAACGCUCGAUGAAAUAAAACUGUCCCCAGGACUUGUCGACGCGAUGUCGUACAACAUUGCCAUCACGGCUUGUGGAGGAAGGCAGCUGGAGAAGGCUUUGGAUCUUUUGGGUGAGAUGGAAGAAGAGGGGGUGACUCCCAACAUCUUUAUUUUCAACUCGGCUAUAAAGGCGUGCGGCGAUGCAGACGAGUACGAAAAGGCUCUUACUCUUCUGGACGAGGUUUUGGGACGGGGAUUAUCCCCUAAUGUCAUCACCUACAAUGCAGCUAUCGGUGCGUGUGCAAAAUGUGGUCGGUGGCAGAAGGCUCUGGACCUCCUCGGCGAAAUGUCGGAGAGGCAAGUGGUUGCUGACGUCACAACCUACAACGCCGUCAUCGAAGCGUUUGCGGGUGGGGAUCAAUGGGAGAAGGCCUUGGACCUCCUGAGCGACAUGUCGGAGCGGGGAGUGGUCCCCAACGCUAGAACCCGCACUUUAGCAAUCUCUGCUUGUGGAAAGCAGGGUAGCGGAAGAAGGCUUUGGGGAUAUUUGGGCCAGCUGAAGAAAAAGCUUUAGGUCUCCGUUGGAAGAUGCAAUCAUGAUAGACAACAUCCAACAGCUUCAGGGAAUAUGUCUUGUGCCAUGGAGUUGCCGCCAGCCUCAUCUUAGUUUCUCACCGAUUCUCCGCGUUCGACAGACUCUGGGAAAACUGCGACAUUCGCUCCCGUACGACAACCACAACGGAGCGCGCGAGUGAGUGCGUGGGCGCAUGUAGUCGUCCACGCCGAGCAUGGGCGCGACAGGGAUAGAAAUGCACACAUCAGGCUGUGACACACCCGAAUAGGAGAAUCUGUAUCCGCUA